AUUUUUCAUAUGUAGUGUUCUUCUAAGGUUGCGGGUGAAAACUGGCUCGCUUGCGGGCUAAGAAGUUGCGGCGACCUAAAACCCCAAUACACACAUAAUCUAGUCAACGAUGGUAUGUUACCUAUAUACAAACAUCCCAUUCCGUUUCUGUCCGCAGCUCUGGAAAGAGAUGGAACUUAUCGCUGGUAAGCCUGUCCAGCAAGAGUACAACGCCGCCCUGGGUGCUGUUUUGGACAAGGUAGUGGAGAAGACGUCGCGCAGUCGAGAGGACGCGGCGCUGGUACUGCUGCGCCUUCUGGGUGAGGAGGGAACGGUCGUCAUGGAAGCGCCAGCGGCGACGAUGACACGUCCCCUGAUACACGAGCGGGAGACGAGUUUCGACAUCGUGGUCGAAGAAACAGUGAUGGCCAGCGCCCAGUGCCUUGAAGAGGCACUCCUUCUCUUCGGGGUCGCCCACUACGUCUUCAACCAGAAAGUGUCCCGUGCAUCGCGCUCCACGAUGUGGUUCAUCGUCCACGACAUCCUGGGGCUGCCGGCAGAGUCAACAGCGACGGCGGACGCGCUGAAAAAUCUGUCGGUGCUGACAGCAUAGUGUGCCCGCGCAGUGAGGUAAGCCCAGGGGCGGAGUGGAGACGGAGUGAUGGACGGAGAUGAU